GACGCGGACUGGAGCGGUGGAGACACUUAUGCGUACUUCCCCAACUUCACUUCUUUUGUUUCUGUCUGUCUUUUUACCCCCCACUGAUAACAGUCACAAUUGCCCUCCAGCGCGGAUCGACGGGUUUUCUGGCGUCCAUUGGUCCACGCACGGCCCGGAGGAAGUGGUCAGUGGUCUUCGCGGUGACCGCUGUCGCCAUGGUCCUGCUGGCUCUGACCAUCGCUGUCCCGCUGCUGCUCCUCCGCUCCCCGGAGACCUCCGCUCACUACUACGAGAUGAUGGGCACCUGCCGGAUGGUUUGUGACCCAUACAGCCCCAAACCGGGGGGAGCCACCGCCAUGGAGGUGAGCCAGAACGUGAAUGGAGUCGCUCCGCUGCCGCCCAUGGCGCAAGGGACGCGCGGUGAGCCCGGGCGACCCGGGAAGCCCGGACCCAGGGGUCCACCGGGAGAGCCUGGACCCCCCGGACCGAGGGGGCCACCGGGAGAGCGCGGGGACAAUAAACUGGCUUUCACCGCGUUAGCCGGAGCUGCGGGGGCCGGUGACACGGGCGAGGGGGACGGAGUGAACUCCACGGUGAGCGGCUACAGGAUCGCGUUUUACGUGGGUCUGAAGAACCCGCAUGAGGGAUAUGAGGUGCUGAAAUUUGACGACGUGAUCACAAACUUGGGGAACCACUACGACCAGAGCACCGGGAAGUUCACCUGUCAUGUGUCCGGGAUCUACUUCUUCACCUACCAUGUGCUGAUGCGCGGGGGGGAUGGCACCAGCAUGUGGGCCGACCUGUGCAAGAAUGGACAGGUCCGGGCCAGCGCCAUAGCCCAAGAUGCAGACCAGAACUAUGACUACGCCAGUAACAGUGCUGUGCUACAUUUGGACUCUGGAGACGAGGUGUAUGUUAAGCUGGAUGGCGGAAAAGCACAUGGGGGCAACAACAACAAGUACAGCACCUUCUCUGGCUUCAUCUUAUACCCCGAUUAAACCCUCCACAACAGGCGCUUUGGACUGAAAUUGUCUCAACUAAAGGUUAAUUAUGUUUUUUGUUCUUCUUCUUUUGCACACCUGUUCAAGUUUACAGAGCUAUUUGAACCCUAUAUGCUGUAAAAACUAAUUGAAAGAUUUUUGUAUGACAUUUAUUUUAACUGGAGUUUAGAUAGAGAUUGCUAUAAAACUGUGACUGAUAUCUCAGUGUGAGAAAACUCAUGUUCCUGGUGAUUUACGACACACCAUAAAGAACCCGGGAGGAAAUUUUUCCUUGAGGAACGUCUUAAAACCAUUUGAGGAAAAUAAUGACGGGCCUUAAAGAUUAUUGGCAUUUCGCUGGUUGUUUAUAAGGCACCUUGUGCAAUAACAGCAAUAUUUAAAAAGAAAUAUAACUAUAUUGUCGGUGAGGCAUUAUUUAGUGACCUGUUCACAACACUGUAACUUAAAUUUUGGGGCAAAAUUACAGUUUUAAUGUGAUGAUCGACUAUGUAUGCUGAAAUGAAACAGUGCUGACUUUUUACAGAGUUUCAUCAAAACACCAGAAGCAUUAUUAUUUUAAUGCUUAGUAAUAUAAUUUCCCUGAGGGAUAUCAACACAACAUUAAAUCAUUUGUUUUACUUGUGAAAAGCAAUUUUUAACUCAGUUCAAUUAGCUAGUAAGCUAAGUGCUAAUAUGCUAUUAAUCUUCAGCAAGUUGAACAUUUAGGGACUGACUUUGUACAUUUGUAAUGUAAGUGAAUAAAACAAGAAUAUUUAAUGAAGGUAUAAUACAGCUUAUCAAAGCUAUGCAUAACAAAUUACUUGCUGUUCCAGUAAAAGUUGUGUUUUUGUGUGAUAGUGACAUCAAAACCAUUAAAAAGCAUCCUCAGAUCGAAUUUAGCAAAUCAAAUUUGUUUCACUUUUUCGUUAGCUAUGCUGAAUCAACCUUUGUUUUCCCAACAUUGUUCAAAUUUUAGUUUGUUUUUGAUCAGAUUAAUUUCAUUUUGCUCAGUAGAAUACUUUGCAUAAGAGGAAGUUAUUUCACAAUUUUUGUACUGUGCUAUCAGCUAGCUAGUUAGCUGAAGAAACUGUAAUAAAUGCAACAAUACAGACCAAUCUUUACUGUUGAGUUUCCUCAUACCUUUUUCACAUUUUCUGAAUCUUUUAUUUACUUAAUAACAUCAAAGCGUAUGUGAGUCAAAACGAGAAAAUCACUGUGAAAACAAAAUCAGACAGAAAGCUUAGCAUGUUUAACAUGGUAGCAUAUUAGCGGUUAGCCUACAAACUAAAUCAAUGCUGUGAAUAUGUUUUCUAAAAAUCUUUGCAACAAUUAUUUUGUUGCACUUAUCAGUACAACAAAAUAAUUUGUUGUACUGAUAAGUGAUUAUCAGUACAACAAAUUAUUUAGUGUUUUGUUGAAAUCCUUCAGCCAAAAUAUAUUAUGUCUUCAGCAACAAGAAAUUAUUUUUCUUUUAUUUUCAGUUGAAAGCAAGCAGGUCAUUAUGUAUGUAAUUAAGUUAAACAUUAUAGUGAUUUUCACAUCUUGAUGUACGUGACGAUGUAAAAAUUACUGUAACGGUUAACUUCUGUAUCAUGAUGUCAAUCAUAGCAUAUUAGAAGAAUCCUAACAAGUGCACCGUUUUUCCUCUGAUACAGUAAGACUUGAGGUCAGCAGUUGUUUAUUUGUCUGCUAGUCAGAAAGAUUAUGCAAAUCCUACUGAGCCAAAAUUUACGAUAUGUGAUUUAACUCUCCUGUUGUCCUCAUUUUCUGUGUAUAGGGAAAACACAUACAAAUCUCGGUCAUUUUGACCCGAGGACAACAGGAGGGUUUUAAAGGUGAAACAUGAACAAAUGCGACUGUAAGUGACUGAAAAUAUUUCUUAUUUAAGUUUAACAAUAUGAUUCAGUAGACAUAUCAUGUGUGCAUGUGUGUUUUGGUAUUUCAGUAAUUAAUACUGGAGGACAUAAAUCCCUUUUGGAGGAUAUUUGUGGAGGAGGACUGAAUUUGGUGACAGCAUAGUUUUGAGGAAUACUAACAAGGCAAAAGCUGUACACAAGCAUGGAAGUGCUUUUAAAAACAAAAUAAGUCAACCCUCUAAAAUCUUUUUACACUGUGUUGAAAUUUGGAAAUGGCACAGGAAAACUUGAAAUCAGCCGAGUUAAUAUUCUGAAUGCAUCAAUACAAUGCAAUACAGAAAGUAGAAAAAACUCCAAAUGGCAACUUGGAUUGCUGCAGCAUGCCAAACUGUGCUGAUUUGUGUAGUGGUCUGUGUUUAACAAAAUAACCAAUCACACUAAAAACCUGUUGUCAUGUUCUGUUCAUGGUUGUUUUGUUCUCAUAUAUACCAAUAAAUAACUUUAAAAACA